AUGGCAACUAUAACCCUGACCAACACGACUUAUCGGCCACUGCUGCUGACGAGACAGCAACGGGUUUUUCAUAGGACAAAAUGGACCAAGUUCUCAUUUCGACCGACUUCAAAAAAGGAGAAAACUCUCAAC